AUGUCCGCUGCUGUCACGAUCAGCUCUUCCCCGGCGGAGCUGCGGCGCCAAUGGCACCAUGCCGAGGUGACGUGGAAGAAGCACGUCCAAACCGAGGGUCUCUUCACCAACGGUGGAAUGCCGUCGCAGUUUGGCAACAAGCUGUGCAACGAUGUGCUCGCACCCUCCAAGAUCCCGAGCCUGCACGAGCUCGUGGUGGAGGAGCCGUAUGCUUCGUACGGGGUUUGCAUCAAGGAGAGCGGCGACAGGCAGACGUCCCUGAGGGUUGCCGGCAGGACCUCCUCGAAGCUGAAGCCCAACUCCUUCGUGUCGAGCUCUUUGCUCGACCAGGACUCUUUCGAGAUCAUGGGGGACUAUGGGGAUCUCGCCAAGGCCUGGCGCUUUGCAUGCAAGAGCAUCCAGACCCAGAAUCCCGUGGUGAAUGUCAGCCUGCCGUUCUGCUGCGAGAGGGUGGUGACGAUCGGCAACACCACCGACUUCCACAACGUGCAGCACCACAAGGGCGCCUGGACCAUCAUCGAGGGCUGCGACCAGGGCUCGCAGGAUCCGUCGAGAAACAGGGGGGUCAAGGGAGGUUUUCUUCCCCCUGGGAGAAAUGUCCUAUGGGUUUUUGGAUCUGCGAUAUAA